AUGCCUUCAUCAGAGAUACGUCUCGCGGAGACCGUGUCUCAGUACCGCGCGAGAGAAGCACGGAGAAGCACUGAGGAAAGAAGGGAGGAGAACGAGAGUUAUAGUGAUAUAGUGCGUGCCGGGCGUUUGUUGUCCCGGGAAUUUUCUCUUUUUUUUUUUUAUUUAUUGCCCUUGACAAUGGCUAUGGAUUAUUAUGAUGGUUUUAAAACUUUCUCUUGGUUCGGAAACAUCGUCGGUCUGCCGAUUGAUCAGGUUAAUUUUCUCAUAACACAAUUUAUUGCAUUAAUGCUGGCUGGAUUAUUGAGAUCAUCCCUUAGUCAUAAGGUAGUAACGCCAGCUACCAGACAUUACUUCGGUCUUACCAUUGGUCUCGCACUCGGAUACUUCUGUUUCGGCAGACAGGCGAUACAUUUGGUGGGUCUUUCUUUAUCCUGUUAUGCUGCAAUGAGAUUACAAAAUCCAAUUUGUAUGCAUAGGUCUGUUCUUAUCGUUGCGUUAACAUAUUUGUCUACUAUUCAUGUACAUAGACAACUCUAUGGUUAUGGCACGUAUACUCUAGACAUUACUGGUCCUCUCAUGGUGAUCACGCAAAAAGUAACGAGUCUAGCGUAUAGCUUACAUGAUGGAUUGGCCCGCAAUAAGGAGGAAUUAACACCAUUACAACAACAUCAAGCCGUCUAUACAAUGCCAACCGUGAUGGAGUACUUCAGUUAUGUCUUUCACUUUCAAGCUCUAAUGGCGGGUCCAGUAAUAUUUUAUCGUGACUUUAUCGACUUUAUACACGGGAAUCAUUUAAAACAUACUACUAAAUCGUUGACAGAUCAGAACAGUCAGAGUUUAGAAAGUAUUAAUGAGAUUACGUUGGAGCCAUCUCUGAGAAAAAUUGUUGUUAAGAAGGUGAUAGCCAGUUUAAUAUGUGCUGCUUUCUUCGUUUCCUUCCUUUCGAUGUUCUCGAUUCAAAGAGUAAAAGACAACGAAUUUUUAGAAGAGACAACAAUAUUAUACAAAAUAUGGUACAUAUACGUAUCGACUAUGAUGGUUCGUUUUAAAUAUUAUCACGCAUGGAUUUUCGCCGACGCCAUUUGUAAUAAUUCGGGACUUGGUUUCAAUGGAUAUACAGAAAAUAAUGAACCUCGUUGGGAUAAAUUCGCCAAUGUCGAUGUUAUUAGCUUCGAGACUUCGUUCAGCUUGAGAGACAGUAUAAUUAAUUGGAACAUGGGAACCAAUAGAUGGCUGAGAUCUAUCGUCUAUGAUAGAAUGAAACAUCAAAGAAUGAUAUUUACGUAUGCCUUAUCGGCUUUAUGGCAUGGAUUUUAUCCUGGUUAUUAUCUUACCUUUGCUAAUGGAGCUUACUUUACGUUAGUGGCUCGUAUUGUUCGACGUUAUGCUAGGCCAUACUUUUUGGGUUCGAAAAACUUGAAAUUAUUUUACGACGCAAUGACUUUUCUCGCAACGCGAAUCAUUAUAGCCUACAUAUCAUUCAGUUUCGUCCUGUUAGAGUUCCUACCAAGUAUUAAAUUGUACCUGUAUAUGUACCUGUUACCACAUUUCUUGGGAUUGGCUGCUAUAGUCAUUUUACCUCGUUUACCACGUCUUCCAGAGACGAGAACUACCGAGAAAAAUUCUUCCGAUUCUUCGAACGUUCGCAAUGGAAAUUUACACAAAACUAUGUGAGAAUGACGAAAGUAUCAUAAUAGUCAUUCCACAAAAUGACAUACACACACAUACACACGUACAUAUUUUUUAUUACUGUUUUUAAUACAUACGUACGAUAUUUAUUGUUAUAAACUGGUAGAAAUUCUAUAAUUGCAUGUGUAAUAAAAAAAAGUCAGACAAAUUAUAUAUAUAUAUAUAUAUAUAUAUAUAUAUAUAUGCGCGUAAAUU